GGGACCCAUACUUAUCCCAAUAUUCCCGCUUGUAUCCAAAUUUUGGUUUUCCCAUAUGUCAGGCCUUCAAGAUACAAAUGCUCGAAAAUAGAUAUCGACGUAGCAAAAAAAAUUUGUUUUCGUGUAUCUAGCAAGGCACCUUUCCCGCAUGUAUAAAUUUUUUUGGUUUACAAUCGGAUAGACAUUUUCUCAUAGAUCUUUUCUUCCAUGUAUCUUGUAUUGUUGGUUAGAAAUAUCUUGGUGUAUACUAGAGGUGCAUGUUUGGUGGUGGGAGUGAGUAAUCAAUAUCCCGGCAGUGUAGUUUGGUGUGUCUUUACAAAACUUCAACCCUGGUGCAGUCGCGUAUUUUCAGGCACCUACACAUAGAAAUGAUUCCUGACAACAUUGACUAGAUCUAAGAAGUCGUUUUUUCCUUGCUUUGCCUGCAGAGGCUUUAGCUGCAGCUAGACCUUUUUGGCUGCGACUUGCUGCCCCACGCUAUUGAAAUUCUGGAGUAUAGCUGACCUUGUGUCGACUCGGACUGGAGGCGAGGCUAAUCCGGAAGUGGGAAAAGCUAUUCUAUCUUGACUUUGGAGAGCCUUUUACGAUUGUGCUGCCUCUGAUCAACACCAAAUACUAAGGCAAGAUGUCGGGGGGUUUCUUUAUCGCGAAGAAGAACAACUCGCUGUCGCGCGAACAGGGGAUGCUGGAGAUGCGCAGGGCCAUGGGCUUGGAGGUGCCUGAGGGUGAAGAAGAGAGGGCGUCCCGUGAGCGCGAGGAGGAUAAAAUAGCGAAAACUCGAGUCCGGAUCAAGGAAGUUGAGGAUGAAGAGCUGGCAAAACAGAAGACGCGCAAACCCAAAAAACCAGCAACGAUCCUGGGAACGCUGUUGAGGCCAGUCCGAAUGCGAAUGAAGGGUGUGGACUUCAAGCAUGAAGCGAAGGAACUAGUGAAGCGUCAAAUAUUGCAUCGGAAAAAUUUUCGGGGUAUACAGUUUUACUUGCGGCUGACGCUUUUCCUUAUCGUCUUGAGUUUUUACGUGUUUUACGAGAUCACGAGCUCUGCUGCAGCCGAGUACAAGCUCGCCUUCUGCAAAUUUUCCGGGUUUGCGUCGGCGUGCGACGGACCCAACUGUUCGCUCAUUGUAUCCCUGCGACAAGUGGAGGAGCCAGAAAAGGAGCUGUACCAGCUCGGGUGGUUCCCUGACGUGCAACCGAAUUCGCGUGGUGAGGUGGAAUUUGCGGAUGACCAUUUGUUUGGCUGCUGCCCGCUAGAUAGUUGCUGCGGCUUUGCGAAGCAGCUAAACAAGGGCGCAAAUGCGGGACCGAUGGCGCAGAUGGUCUGGUGUGAUUCCGCCGAAUACGCACCGGGCUGCGGACCAGGGCCCUGGGAGUGCUAUUUCAAGGAUAAUAUCAGUGACUUCGAGGUCACGGGAAUCAAAACGGGACGGCCCUGGGCGGGAGACGAGCUACUCAUCAUCUUUCUUGUCGCGAGCGCAAUGCUCGUGCUCACCUUCUACGAAAAAAUCCACUACUUCUAUUUGUUCACGCAUCGAAAAUGCAACGAGUGUCUUGAGAAUUUGCCGUCUCUCUGCUUCGGAUUGCUGUGGUGGCUCCGUUUCCUUAUCAUUCAAGGUUUUAUGAUACCCGCGACGAAGGUCAUCGACGUGGUAUCCAUGAUAUGGGGUAUCCCUGUACUGCAAGACCGCCACGCGCAGCGCAUGGCAUGGAUUGUCUGGCUCUCGAGAUUCGCACGGUUGCCGGAACCACCCUCUGACUCUGAAUCAGAAGAAGAGCUGGAAUCUGUCACUUUCGAAGACGUAGUGGAAAUGGUACAGGUUGUUCAAUUAAUAAGCUUAGACGAGGUAGAAGAUUUUAUUUUAUAUACCUGCUGAUUUGAAUGUGAUGGGAAUAGAGUUUUAUCAGAGCAAUCUGGAUGGAGGCAGUCCCUAGGACUAGGCAGAUACCAUUUGAAUUUUUGAGGGCUGCACGCAGUACCCUCGUCUUACUUCCACCUUGCACGGCUUUUAUGCAUGAAAUGGAAGGAGGUUUUUUCGAACUUCUUGAAGGUGUCAAUUACAUCCAAACGUAAGUUCUUUCGUGCCUGUUAUCUAAGAUAAUUUUUCAUGAUCUAUUUUGAUAUUUGUAUUUCGUACACUCACGACAGGCGUUGGCGAAUAAGGAGAAGCCUAAGUACCCGGCCAUGAGGAAACAGCUUCGGCCGUUAAUCAAGCCGCUGGAGUUUCAGUGGGACGAGAAGAUGAAGGUCCCGGAUGAGGUGGUGAAGCGUUUACGUAUCGCGGAUGCCAUGGAGAGGGACCGUGCGAUGUACAAGCCUGAUUAUCUGCGGGAGGAGCGACACAAGUUUGACGCUGCCUUUUCUGAUCUGAAGCGUUCUGUGCGUGGCUUUCGACCUGGCAAGGUGGCUGCGCAGAGCGGGCUGGGGCCGGAUUUGCGGCCAACGACUUACCAGACGCCACCGGACAGUCCGCGCGAUGAGAAGACGGGAACGUUCGCGAAUAUGCUCACCUUCUCCAAGGCGCAAGCGGUCGCAGCGAAGGCCUCGAUCACGAUGGAUGACAGCUCGCACAUUGCCGGGAACACGUCCCCCACCGGAGGUGAAGGGAAAGACUACGUCGCGGUAAAUAUGGAGAAGGCCGAUGCAGAUUAUGGGGCCACCCUGAAAACGAUUCCCGAAGAUCGGCAGGUCACUGUCGGUGGCGUCACGCCGCGGGACAAUAGGUCUGAAGCAGGAGGCGCGUCUCCGGGUGGAGCGGACUCUUCCCCCACACACGCCCCUACGGGCGGGGCCUUUGCAUCCGCUGCGAGGACUAAGAACCGCGCCGCGCUGGCGAACAAAAAUAAGGGCGGCUUUUCGCGGCCCCAGCGACGAGUCGCAGUGAAAAAGGCGGUGGAAGACAUGACGCCUGCGGAGCUAGCUGAGUAUGAGACCGACCGAGAGAGGCGCAACAAGAUGAAACGGAUGCGAGGCGAACCCACGAGUAGUGACGAGGAGAAGGCCCAGCUAACGCGCGAGAUAGGCAAUCUGAAAGCGGCGGAGCGCGACGCCGAGAGUGGCAGUACGCACGCUCUGGGCGUGCUGUCCAUGAUGCGGCGUACUGCUAAAAAACUCGCAGACCGCAAGCGGAAGCGCGAUGCGUCGCGCGUUGUGAAAGAACAGAUCGGUCUGACCAAAGUACAGGGGGAGAUCAUGCGGCUACCCUUUGACCGCCGCGACGGCCCGGAUCUCCGAACGCGAACGCGCACGGAUAUGCAGAUUCUACAAAGUACACCGACCCUGGAAACUUUGCAGGAAGACCACUUCCCAACGAAAAUGGACCAGGAAUGUUACCAAUGUUACGACAACGCACACUGCAUCCUCAGCAUCGUCUUCCUUGGCUUCUUUUCAUUUAGAAAAAGAGGCCAGCAAGGAUUCGGAUUUUUUUCAAAACUAAUCAUUUGAUAGAUUUAUUCCUUCUUUAAUCAAAAUCAAAGUUAAAGAUGCAACUGCGGCAGCUCUAACAAUGGCGAGCGCUGAAAUUCCAGAACCGCCUGGCUCCGGACAGUACGAUCUUUCGAUAUAAUCCAGAGUGGCAUCGUGAGGGCAAGUUUCAGCCAGCUCUUCAGCAGGUAGAAGAUUUGAAUUCUACUUUGCUUCUGCUAUAGACUAAAAUCUUCCAACGAGGAAACAUACGAAUGUAAGUAAUUCGAGGGAGUAUAGAUAGUGGCGUCGUCACUAACAUUCUUCAUUACAACGCUAUAAUGUCAAUACAUCUUAUUCCUCCUUGAUGAUGAAGUGGGAGAGAUGAAGUUGCAACAUGACGUGCAUCUACGAUGAGUAAACUCGCCUGAAGAUAGUUCGUGACCCUUUCUGAUUCAGGUCCGCGGCAACUUGGUAUUAAAUAAGCCACCGCUGGGACAAUACGAGAAUGUAGAAAAGCUGAAACGCACGCUGUACUAUUUCGCUGACAAGCGUGAAUACCACGCAAAGCACGUAACACCCGACAGCGAGCACUGGAUGAAGCUGCUCGACGGGUAUAAGUUGUGGAUGCGCAAGAGCAAGUUUUUUAAGGGCUUUGACCGCAAGUUCUCACCGGAGCUGGAUUUUCUUUACAAGGAUGGCGCGGAGGGUGACGAGAAGGCUGACGUGAACAUAAAUUACGGAACCAUGGCAGCAAGCGUUUUCAAAAAAGACACAGAAGUACCGACCCAUAUACGAAACACGAUCGAAAAAGACUUGGGAUCCUUUCCGGUCGCUGCCUUGUGCGCUGACGAGUUAGGUCUCUUGCCGCAUCGAGUAAAGGACGUCCCCACCACAUCCAGGCUGUUGGUCAAUCAGGUAUUAACUCUUAUAGAUCUAUAAAACGCUGUUUAACAGUUACAGUUUUAGACGUGAUCGCUUCGUUUUUUAUGUUUCUUCCUCUUAAAAGAAAAAUACUAGAUACAGUCGUGGCAUUUUUUGGCAUUUCUCGGGUCCCUGUAGAACUAAAUAAGUAAAUUUCUGCGAGAAUUGAUAAUACCACAGGCUCGACGGCGCGGAGAUGUGGCAUUGUGGCAGAACACUACAUUAGAGGACCGGCCGCCGGGUCAUGUGCGUUGGUUGGCUGAAAAACGGCCGAAAAAGCAUAAAAGCAUAUCACCCGAGCGCCCCGGCACGGGUGGGUCCUCCAGCAGUAGUCGCAGGAGAAAGAAGAAGAAGGAGAACGGGGAAAACGUCCCUGCGAUGGUUACCUUAGAUUGGACCAAAAUGCUCGGUCUCUAAUGAAGUGGUGAAAAAAAAAGUGCAAUUCUAGUAAAUGAUGUGCUGAAACAGUAUGAAAUGAUUGGGACAAGGUACUAUUGAGGGCGCAAAUAGUAUGACAGAUACUAGACGAUUUUUGUUCCUUGUGCGGGCACCUUGCGUGGAGUCAACCCAGA